GAUCUGCACCCUUUGCCCGUUGCGGAUUUGUGUCUGGUAUGGAACGUUCUCUCGGUUUAAACCGCUCCGUUGUAACCACCGCGAUUUGGCUCUUGAUUGUGUUCACAUUUCACAGAGUGGACAGCAGCUGGAGUGACUCCCGGAUUGUUAGACGGGAGCAGCAAGCGGUGGCUAACAUAGUGUUAGUCACUUGUGACUCAUUGGAUGGAAGAUUGACAUUCGGCCCACAGAACCAGACAAUUAAACUUCCCAGCAUUAAUUUCAUGAAAAACAGUGGUGCUGUUUUUCUCAAUGCCUACAGCAACUCUCCAAUCUGCUGUCCUUCUCGAGCAGCCUUGUGGAGUGGCCGGUUUGUUCAUUUAACGGAAUCCUGGAAUAAUUACAAGUGCCUGAACCAUGAUUACCCCACCUGGAUGAAAAUCCUGCAGAAAUACGGUUAUUAUGCAAAGGUAUAUGGAAAAACUGAUUAUACUUCUGGACACCACUCUGUAAGUAACCGUGUAGAAGCCUGGACAAGGGAUGUCAAAUUCUUGCUCAGACAGGAAGGUAGACCAACAACUGUUCUGACUGGUAAUGAAUCAACUGUGAGAGUCAUGGACCAUGAUUGGCAGAAUGUAGAUAAAGCUACUAAAUGGAUUCGACACAAAGCAGCGCAGCUGGAUCAACCAUUUGUUCUGAGCUUGGGUCUGAAUUUACCUCAUCCCUAUCAAACGCCAAGUAUGGGAGAGGCAUGUGGAGGGUCCACAUUUAAAACAUCGCUCUACUGGCUUAAAAAGGUGAAACAUCAUUCAAUUAGGAUUCCAAAAUGGCUUUCUUUCUCUGAAAUGCAUCCUGUAGAUUUUUAUUCCUCAUAUACAAAGAACUGUACUGGCAAUUUCACAAAUCAAGAAAUCCUGGACAUCAGAUCAUUUUACUAUGCAAUGUGUGCCGAGACAGAUUUAAUGCUUGGAGAAAUUUUAACAGCUCUUCAUGACACAGGGCUUGAAAAGAAUACUUAUGUAAUUUUUACUUCUGAUCAUGGUGAACUGGCAAUGGAGCAUCGCCAGUUCUAUAAAAUGAGUAUGUAUGAGGGAAGCUCUCAUGUUCCUUUACUGAUGGUUGGACCAGGUAUCUCAGGAGGACAACACGUUUCAAAUUUGGUAUCUCUUGUGGAUAUUUAUCCGACUCUUCUUGAUAUUGCUGGAAUCCCUAUUCCUGGAAAUAUAAGUGGUUAUUCUCUGUUUCCAUUGUUGAAAGGAUUUGAGGAGGAAGCUUCCAUCAAAAAAUUACGGCCUGACUGGACUUUUAGUGAGUUUCACGGCUGUAAUGUAAAUGCCUCCACCUAUAUGAUUAGAACUGGCCGCUGGAAGUAUAUAGCCUACGCAGAUGGAAUUACUGUGCCCUCCCAGCUGUUUGAUCUAUCAGCUGAUCCAGAUGAAAUGGAAAAUGUGGCUACUAAGUAUUCAGAAAUUACAAGUGUUCUUGACAAAAAACUUCGCACCAUACUAAACUACCCAGAAGUGUCCAAUACUGUUCAUCAAUACAACAAACUUCAAUUUGUCAAAUGGAAAAGAAGUCUAGGAAGGAAUUACACACAUGUUAUUGCCAAUCUCAGAUGGCAUCGGGACUGGCAAAAGGAUCCUGCAACUUAUCAAAAUGCUAUUAAAAAGUGGUUGUAUUCGGCUGCUAGAGCGUAGCCUUGCAUAUAUUGUACUUUCCACCCUUGAACUCUUAAGUACAAUGUUUCCCAAGGUUCCAUUCCUUGGCUGCCUCCUCGUCAACAUACUGCUGCUGCUCAUAGACAUGUGCAAAUGUAAACCAGCAUCCGCAAUAUUCUUUUAAUUCUUUCAUUUGACCUCAGAGUCUCUGUCAAGCCCAGCAUUUGUUGCUCAUCCAUAAUUGUCCUGGAGAAGAUAGUGAUGAGAUGGUUUCUUGAACAGCUACAGUUCAUCUGGUGCAGGUACAUCAUAGUGUUGUUAGGACAGGAGUUCCAGGAUUUUGCCUCAGCAAGAGUGAAGUAGUGGCAAUUGUUCCAAGCUGGAAUGGUGUAGUUUGAAGGGAAAUCUUCGAGGUGGAGAUGUUGCCAUGGAUCUGCUGCCUUUGUAUUAGGUGAUAGAUGUUGAGACUUUGGAAGUUGCCUGAAGGAGGCUUGUUGAUCUGCCCCUGUGUCUCUUCCACAUCAUACACACUGCUGUCAGGGUGCCUUAGUAGUGGAGGAAAUUAAUGUUUUAACAUGGUCGGUAUAGUGCUGAUGGAAUGGGCUGCUUUGUCCUGGAUGGUGUCAAACUGCUAACGUUGUUGACCAAAUUAAGAGACGUAGGUAUUUCUUAAUCAAAUGCCAAUCACAUGCAAAACAUGAAUCAACCAAGUCAAUAAAAUAUUCAACUAAAUAGCCAAAGGAUGAAUAUGAAUAAAAUAAAUCUGUAAUCAAACUGUGUAGGUCAAACUGCUCUGUUGUCUACUGGGUGUUGACAUAUGUGGGUGAUAUUUCAGCUCGAGAUGUAGUGCAGUACAAAACUGUUUGGUUAAUUCCUAGAGCCAGUGGUAUCAAUAUCAUUGCAACAGGUUAUCUGGUCAUUAUGACAUUGCCUGAGUAAAUUUCUAUUUUCAAAUAUGAUGCCUUGUUUGCUACUUUAUAGCAUUGAAUACAUGUCAGAAUUAUUUAAUUGUCACAAGCAAAUUUAAAGAUCUUGAAGUCAUGAGAGGCACUAGGGAAAUAAAAGUUCUUCUUUUAACUGCUUUUGAAAAUGGCUUUGUUGUAUCCAGUUGUCAUCAAUGUUUUCCACACCUGGAAGGAGGUGUCUGAGAAGUGAUCCUUUAAAAUUUAUGUGAAGUGGAUGAAAUGAGAACAGCUGAAAUUGAAUUAGACAAUUGAUUCAAAAUUAAUUUUGGACAAAUAACAAAAUGCUUCUAACAGAGUGAACAUCAUAUGGGAUGAAUUUGUAGAAAUAGCAUAGAGCGAACAAAUCAGUCAUAGCUCCCAGAUAAGCUAUUGAAAGAAAACUCCUUGAAGAUACGUGUAUAGAGGAGUUGGUCAGGCCUCUGGAUUUGUAGUUAUUGUUCCAUUCCAUUUGCUUUGCUCCAUAUUCCAUAAUAUUGCUGUUUUAACAAAAACAGAUUAAUCUGGAAAUUGAAAUUAACUAUUGAUCUAGCAUCACACAUGCCUUUCUGGUAGCUGAUUCCAUGCUUAAAACACAGUUUCUAUGUAGAGGUAUGUCCUAACUUCACUUGUAACUCCUGACACUGCUACCAGCAACAUAGUUUCUCUCUAACUGCUAAAAACAUGAAAACUUCAAUUUGGUCACUCAGAGUCUUCUAAAUUCCAGGGAAUACAACCUUACUUUAUGCCUAUUCUCCCAAUUUUAAAUUAUAAGGAGAGAUUAUACAAACUUGUCAUUUCUAUGGAGCAUUCAAUUAAUGUUUUUUUUAAUGUCUUUAUAUCUGAUUGUAAAUUCUUUAUUCUGGUGGAUCUCCUCCUCACACUAAGAACUUCCCAGCAAAAACUGCUCAUAACUUUUCAUGGGAGAGGUAGAGUAAGUGGUUACGUUACUGGACUACAAAUCCAGAAGUCUGACCAACUCUUCUGUAUGGCUAUCCUCCAGGAGUCCUCUUUCAAUCAUUAAUCUGGGAACAAUGAAUGAUAACAAUGGUAGAAGUGGAGACUUGAUAUCUCCAUUAUCAUGAAGCACACUCAAUAUUAUUUUGGCGAGAGUUUGAUUAAUAUCUGUUUAUGACCAUGAAACACUGUGAUGCAAGAACAAUGUAUUCCAAAAGAAGUUGUUCCUAGGAUUACUUGGGAUUUGUCCUUGGGCCUCAUUGCUAAUGGGAUAUGGUAUUUAAUAAGGUAGUGCAAGGAACUAAAGAGCUCCUUUGUCACUAAGAUUAAGACCAUCCAUUCUGCUUCCACAAUCAUGCUCAUACCCUUCCUCAACAAGUUUUCUUCAUGCCCUCUUCCUUGCAACCGUGGCUUCUCUUGUAUCUACAUUCUUGGUCUCUUGAGUUCACCUUCUCGAUGACCCGCCUCCUUCCUCCUUUUUCCUAGAUAAUUUACUCUGUUAAAUCUGUCAGCAUUAUUUUUCCCUCUCAAAGUAAACCUCAUUAUACCUCUGUCCUUCCAGCCUCUAAAUCUGAAGUCCUUUAACGUGUCACUUCACAAAUCUGCCCAUCUUUGACUUAAUUCCAUAUUUUAAUGAUUCUAAACUGUCACAAAUUGCAUCCUGGGUGACUGGUGGUGGAGGAUUCCUCCUAAUCCUUCUUGAUCUCUGCCACCUGUCUUACACAAUUUGUCAUGAUGUUCUGUUCAAAUAUCUCUGCUCCAUUGGCCAGAAUUCCAGCAUCUAGAUCCAUUCUUAAAUAUCCAAAUGUUGUUAAAGAAUCUCAUGGAGUAACUCUUUCCUCACCGCAAGCAAUCAUUUGUGGAUUCCUCAAAGGAACUUUCCUUAGCCCAGCCCAAUUUCUUAUCUACAUGUUGCCUCACAACUAAUGUUGAAAAGCACAACACAUUUCCACAUGUAUCCUGAGAAUAGUUAACUCAACCUCCAAUACCAGCUCCGUAAUCGUCUGCCCUCCUCCCCUCCCACCUCGACCUCCAGUCCCCAAUAUCUAGCCCCAGAUAAGUUGUCAUUUUCUCCAAUUAAACAUCGCCAAAACCAAAAUCAUUGUCUUUUCCACUUAAAAAAGAUUAUGUAAUGGUUAGAGUUUUGUUAACCUCUGAUGUCCAUGACUCUGAAUUUAUUGAUUUACUGUGGUAUGCAUACAUGGCUAUUUUACAGCAUGACUUUAAUUUAUUAAUAUUGACUUCUAAGAAUUACUGUUUUUAAAUCAUGAUAUUUUGAUACCAUAGUUGUUCUAGUCUAACUUUUGUUUAUUCCAUGCAUCUUUAAUCACUGCUGUGUUUAUCGGAAGUUUUGUUCACUGUUUCAAAAUGUAUUGUCAUCGUUGCUUGCAAUAACAUGAAAUAUUCCUAGGUCUAUUUCCUGUGCAUGAGGCCAUUGAUGAUUAACUAGUAUGUUGUCAAAAUUAACCGGAGAGACAAAUUCCAGCUACAGGGUUUCCUAGUUGGAUGGACGCUUCCACCAGCUCAAGAUUAUGUAUACUUCGGUAAAAUGGCUCUGCACUGUAUUUCCAUCCACAUUGAUCUGUGAAAAAUGUUAAUAUUAGAAGGUGCAACUUGAUUAACACAGCCACAAAAUUUACAGUUUUUAAGAUUUGUAGAGUCAUGGAAGAGUUAGCAGACUUGCUUGCCAAGCUGGUGUGUUUGGUUGCAGACGUUUUGUCACCCUGCUAGGUAACAUUGCCAGUGCACCUCUGGUGAAGUGUUGGUGUU